UCCACUCACUCAAUUAUGAGUAACAAAUUUUCUCUCCUCAAACUUGGCACCACACCGACAAAUUUGGAUACAGAGAGAGUGAUGGAAGCUAACUGGUACUCCAUACCUCUCAUCAUAAUCUCUCUUCUCCUAUUCUUCUUCAAGCUCCUCACAGAAAAACAAGAAAGAUACAAGAAUUUACCCCCAAGUCCUCCUGGGCUUCCCAUCAUAGGCCAUCUUCAUCUACUGAAAGGGCCACUGCACCAAACUCUUCAAGCUUGUUCAGACAAGUAUGGCCCAAUCGCCCUCCUCCGGUUCGGACCCAGAAAGGUCAUCCUGGUCACCUCGCCUUCUGCCGUCAAAGAAUGUUUCACGAAAAAUGAUAUCAUAUUCGCCAACCGGCCGCCUAGCCUCUCCGGAAAAUACCUUUGGCGCAACUACACCAGUAUGGGUUCAGCCCCAUAUGGUGACCUUUGGCGCAACCUCAGGCGUAUUACAACUUUGGAGAUUUUGUCAACUACUCGCCUAGAGAGGACAACUAGUAUACGAGGAGAGGAAGUGAAGUUCUUUGUGAAUCAACUCAUGAAUAAUUGUGGUGGUGGUGAGUAUAGUAAGGUGAACUUGAAUUCCAAGUUUUUUGAGCUCUCAUUUAAUGUUAUGACCAUGAUGAUCAUGGGGAAGAGGUUCUAUGGAGAAAGCGUGGACAAUGUUGGGGAGGCCAAGCUCUUUCAGAAAUUGAUAAGAGAGCACUUUGAACUUGUCAAGAAAUCAAAUCCAGCAGACCUUUUUCCGGUUUUGCAGUGGGUGGAUUUGUUUGGGACGGCGAAGAAAAUGAUAGCCACGGCAGAGAGGAUGGACAAGUUUUUGCAGAAACUAGUUGAUGAGCAUAAAAAAACCAGUGCAUCAACAAAAGUGAAGACACUAAUCCACAAUUUGCUGUCUUUGCAAGAAACAGAACCUGGGUUCUAUACCAACAGCAUUAUAAAUGGGAUGAUAAUGGUAUUGCUAAUUGCUGGGACUGAGACUUCAUCAACUACUUUGGAAUGGGCAAUGUCACUACUCCUCAACCAUCCAGAUGCAAUGACAAAAGUUAAAGAAGAGAUUGAUGCUCACGUUGGACAGGAUCGCCUCAUAGAUGAACAAGAUUUGCCCAAGCUAGAUUACCUAUCAAAUGUAGUGAAUGAAGCACUUCGAUUAUAUGCACCCGUCCCACUUCUAUUGCCACAUGAAGCAUCUGAGGAUUGUACAGUGGGGGGUUAUGAUGUCCCACAAGGCACGACGUUAAUGGUAAAUGCAUUGGCCAUUCAUAGAGACCCCAAGCUAUGGGAAAAUCCAACAAAAUUCAUGCCAGAGAGGUUUCAAGCGGAGAGUGCUGGAGAUGGGUAUAGGCUGAUUCCAUUUGGCAGUGGAAGACAUGGUUGUCCCGGGGCUAGCCUAGCAAAAAGGAUGGUUGGGCUAGCACUAGGAGCCUUGAUUCAGUCAUUUGAAUGGAAGACAGUUAAUGAAGAGCAGGUGGAUAUGACAGAAAGUCCUGGCAUCACCAUGCCAAAGUUGAAGCCCUUGGAGGCCAUUUGUAAGCCGCGUCUAUCCAUGCGCAAACAUUGUCUUGUAUGAUGCCUUUUCAUUCUGUUUUGCUAUAGACAUAAAAGAAUAAAUCACAAGAAGUUACAACCUAGUUGGGAUUGUAGAGUGAUAGCUAUGAUACUUUUUGCACUUCCCUCCUUUAUUGAUAUAAGUUGAUGUUUGUAUUUGUUUGUUUUUCAUCAAUAUAAAGUUUCCAUUCUUCUU